GCGGAAAGGAAACGUGUCCUGGACCGAUCCCGGAAGGGCGCCUUAGCGGGGGACACGUCCGCUUGUUAGACGGGGGAGCGCUGCAGAAAUGGAUUUCGAAGCCGUUACAAAAUACUCAAAACUGCACGCCAAACCUCUGGGACUUUCCCUCCAGUAUGGAACAGCUGGAUUCCGUAGCAAGGCAGAAAACCUGAACCACAUCAUGUUUCGUAUGGGAUUGCUCGCUGCCCUGAGGUCCAAGAAGACCAAAUCCACUAUUGGUGUAAUGGUUACAGCCUCUCACAACCCUGAAGAAGACAAUGGCGUGAAGCUGAUUGAUCCUUCAGGUGAAAUGUUGGCCCCUGCCUGGGAAGAACAUGCUACAUUCUUGGCCAAUGCAGAAGAGCCCCAGUUAUACUGUGUCCUGACUGACAUCUGCCAGAAAGAGGCAGUGGACCUUCAGAGUGAGGCCCUCAUUGUGAUUGGUAGAGACACCCGGCCAAGUGGCAAGGAGCUUUCACAAUCAAUAAUUGAUGGUGUGUCUGUCCUUGGAUGUCAAUAUCAGGACUAUGGCUUAGUAACAACCCCACAGUUGCACUACAUGGUCCGUUGUCACAACACUCAUGGCAUCUAUGGAACACCAACAGUGGAAGGCUAUUACCAAAAGCUCUCCAAGGCUUUUCUGGAGCUUACAAUGCAGGCUGCCCCCCAGAGGGAUGGCCAGGGGGGCCUGAAGAUCGAUUGUGCGAAUGGCAUUGGAGCCCUAAAACUCAAGGAACUGGAGCACUACCUUUCAGAGAGCUUUGUGAUGCGCUUGGCCAAUGAUGGGAGGAAAGGGAAACUCAAUCACAUGUGUGGGGCUGAUUUUGUCAAAGUUCACCAGAAGCCUCCUGUGGGACUAGAAAUGAACCCUGGUGAGAGGUGCUGCUCGUUGGAUGGUGAUGCUGACCGAAUUAUUUACUACUAUAUAGAUGCUACUGGCCAUUUCCAUCUUCUGGAUGGAGAUAAAAUAGCAACUCUGAUCAGCACUUUUCUUAAAGAACUUCUGACAAAGGCUGGGCAAACUUUAUCUUUUGCAGUAAUACAAACAGCGUAUGCCAAUGGGAGCUCUACUGGUUAUCUGGAACAAACCAUGAAGGUGUCCGUCCACUGUGUCAAAACAGGAGUGAAGCAUUUGCAUCACAAGGCCCAGGAAUUUGAUAUUGGAAUUUAUUUUGAAUCAAAUGGUCAUGGCACAGUAUUGUUUAGUAAAGCUGCAGAAGAUAAGAUAAGAUACCAGGCAAAAGAAGAAAAAGACAUCCGAAAAAGAGAAGCUGCAAAGAUGCUUGAAAACACAAUUGAUUUGAUAAAUCAGACGGUUGGUGAUGGGCUUUCCGACAUGCUCGUGAUUGAAGCCAUCUUGGCUUUGAAGAACUUCACAGUUGCACAGUGGGAUGCUCUGUACAUGGAUCUUCCAAACCGACAGCUCACAGUGAAGGUUGCUGAUAGGCGAGUCAUCAACACGACAGAUGCUGAAAGACGAGCAGUUACACCCCCAGGGCUGCAAGAAAAAAUUGACCAACUCACUCAGAAGUUUAAAUUGGCCCGAGCAUUUGUUCGUCCAUCUGGAACAGAAGAUAUAGUCAGAGUCUAUGCUGAAGCUGACUCACAGGAGAAUGCAGAUAAACUUGCCCACGAAGUCAGCUUAGCUGUCUACCAUUUAGCUGGUGGAUUUGAAGAACCACCCAAGGCUGUUUGAUGAAGUGUCAUGCUUGGAUCUGAAUCAUGAAAUUUUGUCAUAUAAAACCUUUACUAGCUGAAACGUACUCAACAUUAUUUUUUUUAAAAAUCACUAGGAGGAAUUUUCUGCUUCCUGUCUUUGCUAAAGUUUCAACUUCAAAAUGCUUUUCAGAAAAAAUAUAGUAUUACAAGCAUGACAGUCCUAGAGUUGGACUGUAGUUCCUAUAAUCCCUAAGCAAAAUGAGGACAGACUGGCUGGCUGGGGAUGACAGGACUUUCACUCUAAGCCAGCUGGAAAAGAGCCCGCUGGAGUAAAUGUUAUACCACUUUAAGAGCUGACUUCAACAUUAGAAUGUACAAGAACCAGACAGGUAUUUUCUGUGAGUUAUGACGAAGUGUAGCAUCCCAAAAUCUCUCUGAGAAAUGACAUUUCCUAGAAGCACUCAUCUAUCUUGAGUACCUACUUGAAGAUGGUUGCCAUUACACACUUACUUGCUUGUGAACCUGGAUCACAGCAUUGUUGGUGAAGGUAAUUUAGUAAAAAGAAAAUCUUUCCUGAA